AUGAUGACGAUGGGGCUUUUUCAAAAAAGUGACCCGCGCAACGCUUGUGCUGUUCAUGUAGUACAGCUCCAAAGUAAGGUUAGUCUGGAUUUUGGAAACCACCUGACGAAAAUGCAGAUUUUCGUCAAGACCCUUACAGGCAAGACCAUCACGCUGGACGUGGAGCCGUCGGACAGCAUUGACAAUGUCAAGCAGAAAAUUCAGGACAAGGAAGGUAUUCCACCUGACCAGCAGCGUCUGAUUUUUGCUGGCAAGCAGCUCGAAGAUGGACGUACUCUUGCGGACUAUAACAUUCAGAAAGAGUCGACGCUUCAUCUUGUAUUGCGUCUGCGUGGUGGUGGCAAGAAGCGUAAAAAAAAACAAUACACGAAACCCAAGAAGAUUAAACACAAGCACCGUAAAGUGAAACUUGCUGUGCUUAAAUGUUACAAGGUGGACGACAAUGGCAAGAUACAACGCUUGAAGAAAGAAUGCCCUGCACCUCAGUGUGGUGCUGGUGUCUUUAUGGCCACUCACUUUGACCGUCACUACUGUGGCAAAUGCCACGUGACAUACCAGUUCCAGGGCGAGGACAGCGCUUAA